AUGAGCGCGACCAUGACGCAGUAUAUGCAGACCGACUUCGACAUGGGGUCGAUUCCCGGUCGUCUACAUGAUAUGGACACCUCCGAAGGGAGUAUACUGCAGGAAGGAGCACUUGCCAUCCACCGGCUGCGACUGUUAGACAUUAGCAGGCGAGAGGAAGUCAUGUUUCUGGAGUUGAUAGAAUGCUCUGGUCGCCAUGUCCGUGCUCAUAACGGCCAAUGCUUGUUCUACUCAGAGCAUGGACACUGGAACGUACACAAGGGCGUCAUUCCAGAAGGCACUCUGGCCAGAUGCAAAAAAUUUCUUCUUCAGCUCGAAGGCCUCUAUGCUUUGUUUGGUCAUAAUGUCUUGAGGGACAAUGACGGGAUACUGGAAGCCGCGCGGGAGUUGUUGGAGAGGCAUUCGAACAGGCCUGACAUUCUUUUUGCGGCUUGUGAAGAGGCAGCGAUAUGCCGCCUGCCGGUCAAGAACAAGGCCGGCAGUCGUGGAGAAGAGGAUGAUAAAGAAGAGCGAGCGAACGGCAGCAUGCACUGGACGCUCGCCAUGGCCAACACCAUCGGCAAACUAUACGUGAAGCUGAAACCCGCAAAUAACAUCUACGUUUACUUGCCUCACCGAAUGCUGGAUCCUGUUGCAGAUGAAGUCAGGGAGAGGCUUGAUCUCUUCUGGCGAACCACAUACUGGGGCAACCUCGAGGCCUUUGAGGUUUUUAUGGCUUCACUCACUUUGGCCCUGCGCGGAGAAAAUGUCGAUCGAGCUUUCUGGGGUAUUGGCUCUGGCGGGGUGGGUCAAAGUCUACAGACGGCCCACAUCGAAGCCAUUCUGGGUGAGUAUCACACUUGUCUGGAUAUGAACAUUUACUUUGUGGAUGAGGAGAUGCGCAAGCAGGCAGCUAACCUUGUCGGCAAAAUUGCGGUGACUGGGCAAGAAAGUGUACAGGGCUCGCGACGUCCGCAUAGCCGGCAAGCAGGAAUUGGUUGCAACGCGUGGGAUUUUCCCACGGGAUCCCACCUUAAAGGAUUUCUUAAGGGACGGGCCUGCCUGUUUGGUGACACUGCGUUCUUGUGGAACUACGCACGAAGUCGCACCGCUUUCCAAUGUCGUGAUGUCCUGGAAAAGUAUGUUGUUCGUGGCGGUGACGGUGGUUUGACUCUGGCGACCGUGCGGCGCAGUUGUGGUCUGACUCCGGAUGAAACGGCAACAGCCGAUCCGGUGCAGGAAACUCUGGAAUCUCUCAUGUCAAAAGAGCCUCCAGGCGAGACGGGCAGAAGUAACCAAGACGUCUCUCAAGCUCAGGCUAUGAUCGCCGCUCACCGAGAUGAAGAAAAGCAGGCUGUUCAACAGAUCCGUCAGUGGCUGUGCGAGGAGCGCAAAGACUGGUUCACACUGAACCAGUUGAAGACUGCCAAAUCCAAGUUCGUGUUCAAUUUCAACAAGCAGGAGGUGCAGAAUGUCAUUGAGAACAUGGUCAAGCAGGGCAAGAUGAUUUCAGCCCCGAUUACGCUGCCAAAGGUUGGCCAAACCACGAUCUUCCUUCCAACUUACUCGUGUGAAAAGGCACUCGGUGAUGUUGUGCCACUGAAGCACGACCAAAACCUCGUCUUCACGGAAGAAUACAAUGUCGAGCGCGUGUGCUCUCGUUUGGUGGCCAACGGAGCAUCGCAUGAUAAGUUCGAAGAGUUGAACAAGCAGGGCGUAACUUUCUUGAAAGCUCUGUCGAAUGAAAGCCGACUCUUGCGUUGGUUGGCAUGUUCGCAGAUGCAAGCGGAAUACGGUCAACUACGACGUCAUUCCAAGAACAACUGGCCGGAAGCCAGCAUUUUUGCGGCUUGGUGGAAUCCGGCAGAGGAUCAUAUUCUACAGGUCAUGCUCGAAGAGGUCCAGCAACAUGGCUUCGAUGGUCAUAUCUCCUGUCAUUUUGAUGGUCUUCUGCUGAGCACUUCCAUGGUGAAGUCAAUCGAGACGGCAACAGGAAAGAACAUGAUCUUGGUCUUGCAAGAAGCAGUACAGCGAAACACGCAUUUCGAGGUGGCGAUUAAAAAUAAGAGAUUGCCUUCCUUUGACGUGUGGCUGUCCAACAAGCUUCGAGAGAGCGACGUUGAUGCAGAUUUGGGAACCUACUGCGAACUUUUGACUGCCACGCCGAACUCGAUUCCAGCUGCGAUAACUUUUGUCGGCGCAGACUUAAAGCAGGUUGUCUCUCGUCUGCGAAAGGAGUCGCCGUCGAAUGCAAAGGCCGACACACAUCGUGUCCGACAGUAUUCGGACUGGCAUGGCUGUGGGGAUUGGGGAUCUGUAUCUGGUCCCACGGCAUGCGUGGUUGUCACGGACGACAACAUUCUCGUUAUGCGUGCAGGCAAGGUCUAUGAGGGCACUAUGGCACAGCUGAUGCAUCUACUCGAAUCAUACCACGGCACGAAACAAACGUUCUGUUUUGACAUUGCUUCCGAAGAUCCAGACCUCGACGAUGUGGAGAUCGGGUUUCUUGAUCUUCUGGCCGGGUCCUCUUCUGCAUCUUCAAUCAAAAAACGACCUGCCUCUAUCCGACAGCACCAAGACCCACAGAAUGACGACGAGGUUGACAUCGGGGCAGAGCUACGCAGGCUGCUCUGUGAUGAAGUGACGGCGGCAGUCCGCGCAACACAGGCGCAAGCUGGAAAUUUGUUUCCACCAACGGUCUGUCCGUGCUGCCCUUGGAGACAGUUCGAGCGGCGUCGAUGCUUGGUGGAACAUCUGCAACACCAACAUACGGAAGCGAAGCGCUUCUGUCCGGCUGGGGCCAAGCAGUUGCGGGUCGUGGUGGCGCUAUAUGAUCAUGACCGCCUUCAUGAUCGGACACCGCAACCGACUUUUCUGGCUAGGGCCAGCGAGCUUCUGCGGAAGACUGUCAAGGGCAACAUGCCGCGUAAUCGCAGCUUUAUCGAUAAAUCCCUUCGCUGUGUCUUUCAUUCAGACGGGCCUGAGUUUGUCAAUAUUCGAUCUAUCACAGAGGCUACGGGUUUACGCAGAGUGGGUAGUCUGUUCUACGAUCGUGGCUUUGCUGAUGCGUUCCUCAAUGCAGCGGCCGCUCACCAUGCCUCGCUGCACAAGAUACAGGCAUAUUUCUUGGAGAAGUGCAGAAGGGACGAUGGAAAGCUGGCGUCGGUUAUUCCGCGUGGCAACAAUGGCUUCUGGAUGAACGUCCUUGAAGACCUCAUGAUGUACAUCAGCCUGGAUGCGACGUUCAAGAUCAAUUUAAAGAUCAUAGGUCUUGCAUGUGGCAUCCGAUGCUCCCUCUGCGGAGCUGUUCCAGACCUUGAAAGAAGUUCUGCCAAAUCUGCAGAGUUUAUCGCUGGAUGCCAUGCAUAUGUUAUGGUCUACGACCAAAACAUGAACAACCGCCGGACCGCGGGAAGCAAAUGGCUUGCUGUUAUCAUGAACAAAUUUCGCAAGCGGCACUCUUCUCGCACACAGGCAUCCUUUGGUGAGUUCUACAAUGGAGGCACUCUAGGAUCAGCGCCGCAGGAUGUCAGAUCCAUGAGAGAUUGUCUCUUAGAGCCGGAUAUGUCCGAAAACGCAGCGAGAACACUGCUAGAGACAUUGGAUCCUGACACUCCGUGGCUGACGGAAGUUGACUUCCUCCAAGCCUUGGUGGCGCACUUUUCAGUCUUUCGAGAAGAACUUCGUAAAGUCACAUUUACAGGAGUUCGCUGCAUCGGCUUAUCGUGA